CGUAUAAAUAGGAUUGGGCGCAGUUUUAAGAGAGGAAUCAAAUGGUUUCCAGAUUGGGGUAGGAAGAGAGAAACAUUUGUGGUUCGAGUUGCAUAAUCGUCGUUGUUCUGUUUGUGAUCGAAACCCUAGGUAAGGAAUUUCCUUAAGAAUCAUCGUUGUUUCUCAAUCGUGAUUGCGUAACCCUAGCUUCGGAAUAUCUUGUUAUCGUUUUCGAUUCUUGAAACCCUAACUAAUGCAUCAGAUGAAGCAACACUGUUUUCAGUUCUUCGUUUGCUCUCCCGAGCUACAAAUUCAAUCCGAAAUCGUAAACGUAGGACGAAAUUCGGUCCAAACCCUUGAAGAACUGAAGUCUUUUCUUGUUCCCGAAACGAUUGUGUCAUCUUUCUACUUCACCCUGAAUGGGAAACCUCUCCUUGAUUCCACCACGAUUCCCAGUUCUCUGAUUCCCCCUCUGUCUACGUUAAUUUUGAGAACCAGAGUCCUUGGGGGCGGUGGCGAUGGCGGGGCAACAGGGGCUGAAUCUCGUGACUGCUACCUUAAUAUGUACGCAGAAAAGAAGCCCGACAAGGUUGAUCCUAACGAGCAGAGGCUGUCCAAGUGGUUGAAUUGCGCUCUUUCUAACGAGCCUUUGAGGGAACCUUGUGUGAUCGAUUGGCUUGGGAAUAUUUUCAAUAAGGAGUCGCUUGUGCAGGCUUUGCUAGAGAAGAAGCUGCCAAAGGGAUUUGGGCAUAUCAAGGGUCUGAAGGAUAUGAUCAAGAUUAAUCUUUCGGUGAUUCCCGGUACAGAAUCGAGUCGCAAUGCAAUUUCAGGAUCGCGGUUCCAAUGCCCGAUUACUGGCCUUGAGUUCAAUGGCAAGUAUAAGUUUUUUGCUCUGAGAACUUGUGGACAUGUGCUGAGUGCAAAGGCCUUGAAGGAGGUUAAAUCCUCUUCCUGCCUUGUUUGUCAUGCUGAGUUUUCGGACAGAGACAAGUUCGUGAUCAAUGGGAGUGAGGAGGAGGUAGCAGAAAUGAGGGAGAGGAUGGAGGAAGAGAAAUUGAAAUCGAAACCAAAGGAGAAGAAGACGAAGAAAGUGAGGAAUGUGGAAGUGGGUAUGGAUGGCGAUGCAACUGUGGAAUUGGCAGCAUCGUGUUUGUCUGGUAAAAAGCACGGUAUUGAAGUUAAGGCUUUGGAGAAGGUUUCUGCUAAGCCCGACAGGCAUAAUAAGCGGCCAGAGGGUGGAGUUCAGGUAAAGGUUGCAGCUAGUAAUGGUGCUGUAAAGCGUUUCAAAGCAGCAGACAUGGCCCCUGCCAAUGCUACCAAAGAAGUCUAUGCUUCGAUAUUCACCUCAUCUAAGAAGUCAGAUUUUAAGGAAACGUAUAGUUGUAGAUCUCUUCCACUCGGUCGAAACUGAUUGGUGUUAAGAACUGCUUAGAUCGGUUUGUGGUAAUUCUCCUACUAUUAUUUGUAUUCAAACCUUCAUUUUUGAUGUCCUUUUUGACUUAUUGAUUCAUGGCUCUCAUAAUUCCUAAUUCAUGUAAGAUAUCAGUUUACAGUCAUCAACCGCUGUUACUCUGUUAAGCUGUUCUACAUUUUUUAGAUCAGUUAAAAUAUUGUUGAAAGUUUUGUGUUGAUCAA